UGACGAGAAGAAACCAACUUCCUGCUGGCUUUCAUGCGCACGUGAAUCCAAAAGCAAGCAUGGAUUACUCCACGAAGUGGAGUAAUUUAUCCUCUGCACCAAGUUUAAAAAACCUAACCGAACCGGGGUUUGGUGUCCCCAAAGAACAACAACAUGCUGCAGUACAGGACCUUGUAAAAGCACACUUAGAGUCGUUUGAUCAUGCGGUCACCGAUGGACUGUGCCGGGCUUUACAGGCCAUCCCACCUUUGGAGUUUACAUUCAGGAAUGAUAGGAUUGCUUUGGCUUUCGUCGAAGCAUCCAUACACAAUCCAAUGGCAAGUAAAGGAAGCAUCUGCAAAGACACGCGAGUCUUCCCGGCGGAGUGUCGAGGCAGGCGCUGCACCUACCGAGGGAGGCUUGUGGCUGAUGUUAGCUGGUCAGUAAAUGGCGUUCCAAAAGGCAUCAUCAAGCAGUCACUAGGCGUUGUGCCUAUUAUGGUGAAGUCUAAGUUGUGUAACCUGCAUGGACUUUCACCAAAGGAACUCAUUGACCACCAUGAAGAGGCAGAGGAGAUGGGCGGGUAUUUUAUUGUGAAUGGCAUCGAGAAGGUCAUCCGUAUUCUCAUCAUGCAAAGGAGGAACUACCCAAUAGCCAUGUCACGACCCAAGUGGAAGAGUCGAGGACAGGGAUACACACAGUACGGUAUUUCGAUGCACUGUGUGAAAGAGGAGCAUACAGCCAUCAACAUGAACUUACAUUAUCUAGACAAUGGCACAGUGAUGCUGAACUUCAUCUUUCAGAAAGAGCUCUUUUUCAUUCCCCUGGGUUUUGCACUGAAGGCACUGGUGGACUUCACAGACUUCCAGAUCUAUCAGGAGUUGAUCAAGGGCCUGGAGGAUAACUCCUUCUACAAGAGCUGUGUCUCCCAGAUGCUGCGCGUGGUCAUGGAGAAGGGCUGCACCACCAAGGAGAAGGUGCUCCGCUAUCUGGGCGAACGCUUCCGGGUCAAGAUGAGCCUACCGGAGUGGUACACCCAUGAGCAGUGUGCCCACUACUUACUAGAUGAGUGUCUAUGCAUCCACUUGAAGUCAGACGUGGAGAAAUUUUACCAGCUGUGCCUGAUGACCCGGAAGUUGUUUGUCUUCGCCAAAGAAGGAUGCAUGGAAGAGAACCCCGACAGUCUGAUGUGUCAGGAGGUCAUCACUCCAGGCCAGCUCUACCUCAUGUUCCUCAAGGAGAGAUUGACUGCCUGGCUAUAUUCAGUGAAAAUUGCCUUGGACAAGAGAGGCCACAGGGUGCCAGUUGACCUCUCCUCCGAGGCCUUGAUGAAGAUGUUCAACAUGGGCACAGACCUCACCAAGCCUUUUGAGUACCUUCUGGCCACUGGAAACCUCCAUUCAAAGACGGGCCUGGGAAUGCUCCAGAACACGGGCCUGUGCGUGGUGGCCGACAAGCUGAACUUUGUGCGCUACCUGUCGCACUUCCGCUGCGUGCACAGAGGUGCUGCCUUCGCCAAGAUGAGGACCACGUCGGUGCGUCGGCUGCUGCCCGAAUCCUGGGGCUUCCUGUGCCCCGUGCACACGCCUGACGGCGAGCCCUGUGGUCUGAUGAACCACAUGACCGCCCACUGCGAGAUCGUGGCCCCUUCCCUCUCCACCACCACGCUCCCCGCCCUGCUCUGCUCUCUCGGAGUGACACCAGUAGAUGCCACCCCUAGUCAGCCAUAUUCGGAUUGCUACCCUGUGCUCCUAGACGGAGCCCUUGUGGGCUGGGUGGAGAAGGAACUGGCACCUGCUUUGGCAGAGUCCCUCCGCAGGUUCAAGGUGCUGAAGGAGAAGCGAGUACCUCCCUGGACUGAGAUUGUCCUGGUUCCUCAGACAGGCAAGGCCAGCAUGUACCCUGGCCUCUUCCUCUUCACCACGCCCUGCCGUAUGGUGCGGCCUGUGCGUAACCUUGCCCUGGGCAAGCAGGAACUCAUUGGGGCCUUUGAGCAGCUCUUCAUCAAUGUGGGCAUAUUUGGGGAUGAGAUUGAAGAAGGGGUCACGACACACCAAGAACUGUUCCCUCACAGCAUGCUGAGUGUGGUGGCCAACUUCAUCCCUUACUCAGACCACAACCAGAGUCCCAGAAACAUGUACCAGUGUCAGAUGGGUAAACAGACUAUGGGCUUCCCUCUCCAUUCAUAUAAAGAACGUUCAGACAACAAACUCUACCGUCUGCAGACCCCCCAGAGUCCGCUGGUACGACCAGUCAUGUAUGAUCAUUACAACAUGGACAAUUAUCCCAUCGGUACCAACGCCAUUGUGGCCGUGAUCUCCUAUACAGGUUACGACAUGGAGGACGCUAUGAUUGUGAACAAGUCAUCAUGGGAGAGGGGCUUCGCCCAUGGCUGUGUGUACAAGACCGAGUUGGUGGACCUCUCUGAGAAGGUGAAGGGUGAGGAUGGUGUGGUGUUUGGGGUUCAGCCAGGAGACGCCAAGGUCAUGAACCACCUAGAUGCUGAUGGGCUACCACAUAUCGGCACCACACUACACUACGGAGAUCCCUUCUACAGUCAUAUUAACCUCAACACUGGCAAGGGUUAUGUGACCUACUACAAGAGUCAGGAAAGCUGUGUAGUGGACAACAUAAAAGUGUGCAGUAACGACGUGGGUACGGGCCGCUUCAAGCGCGUGUGCAUCACGGUGCGUGUUCCUCGCAACCCCACCAUCGGCGACAAGUUUGCCAGCCGCCACGGCCAGAAGGGCAUCUUGAGCCGCCUGUGGCCGACCGAGGACAUGCCCUUCAGUGAGAGCGGCAUGACUCCCGACAUCCUGUUCAACCCCCAUGGCUUCCCGUCCCGCAUGACCAUCGGCAUGCUCAUCGAGAGCAUGGCGGGGAAAUCGGCCGCGCUCCACGGCCUAUGCCACGACGCCACGCCCUUCAACUUCUCCGAGGAGCACUCGGCCCUCGGCUACUUCGGCGACUCGUUGCGUGCCGCUGGCUACAACUACUAUGGCACCGAAAGGCUAUACAGCGGCAUCAGCGGCCUGGAGCUGGAGGCCGACAUCUUUGUGGGCGUGGUGUACUACCAGCGCCUGCGUCACAUGGUCUCAGACAAGUUCCAGGUGCGGACCACGGGCGGGCGCGACAAAGUCACCCAGCAGCCGUUAGGCGGCAGGAACAUCCAGGGCGGUAUCCGCUUCGGAGAGAUGGAGAGGGACGCGCUGCUGGCCCACGGCUCAUCCUUCCUGCUGCACGACCGCCUCUUCAACUGCUCAGACCGUUCGGUCGCGCAGGUGUGUAUGGACUGUGGCAGCCUGUUGUCGCCCCUUCUGGAGAAGCCGCCGCCAUCUUGGUCAGCCACACGAUGCCGCAGGACUGUAUGCACUCUGUGUGGCAAAAGUGACGCCAUCGACACGAUUGCUGUGCCUUACGUUUUCCGCUACUUUGUGGCAGAAUUGGCAGCCAUGAACAUCAAAAUCAAGCUUGACGUAAAGUAGAGAGCCAGAGGUGGUUGUCCAUUGUGUUCUUUUGUUUUAUUUAAACGUAAGGCAGAAUGGGGCUAACCAAGUGUUGAUGUCCGUUGUUGUGUGACUAUUAAAAAGUGUAAUGUAUGUCAGUCACUACAUGGUGACCGAAUCAUCACUUCCAAAUACCCCAUGGGUCAUAAAAUUGUAAAGGCAAUUGAUUUAUAUCUUGAAGAUCAAUGUAAUAAGGUAAUCAUUUCUUUAUUAAGUUUCAGUGUUACCACACACACUCAACAACACACUAUUACUCAUCAGAACAAGACCAUGACAUGCGCAAUAUUGCAAACGUUUCCAGCUUGAUGUAUUAAAACAUAAAAAAGGAA